CACUUGGUGAUCCUCCUGACACGAUUCUGGCCACCCAGGACUAGCCACAAGUCUAUAAUACGGUGAAGUCCAGGGAUAUAACUUGAUGCCCUUGCAACGUGCAUGCGACUCAUGUUAUAGUUAUGUCAAUGGAAAAAUACAAACACAUCGAGCAAUAAGGUGGUAAUCAACAUCCAUAUAAUAACAAGGAUUAGAUUACAAAGUAAUUUCCUUAAUUUUAAGGUAUUUUUUAUAAGGAUAAUUUAGGUUUGCUUUUUAUAAUUAAGUGCUACUUUAGAAAUGUGAAUCUAAGACCUCCAUGUUUAAAACUAGUAUUAAUACCACUCGACCAACUACUUGUUCACAAUUUUGAGGUUUUUUAAAAAGAAUUGGAUUUGGCAAAAAAUCCCAAAUAGAAUGACUUGUUAUGGUAUAAAGGUUAAUUAAAUUCAAAAUAUAAAAUUGGUAAUUUAUCAAAAACAAUUUGGUAGUAAAUUUUUUAGUUUUUGCUAGUAAAUGGUAUCUAAAUUGACAAAAUGAAGAACUACACAAUGCCACAAUGUUCUUACUUAUUUUACCUCGUACUAAUGAUGGAAAAUUGUUAAUAACAAGAAAACCUAAUAAUCAACUUGCCAAAAGUCUUUGGGACCAUGAAUGUCAAGAGAUUUUGACGUUGGAAAGAAAAUAAGUGUUGAUGAUAAUUGACCCCCAAAGAGAACUCAUUCCUUUCACAUUUUCACACUAUAAAUAUUCAGUAUAGCUAGCUGGUAAAGACACUCUUCAGGCCAAUUCUAGAACAAAUCUGCCUUUAUCUCUUGUAAGGGGAAGAGUGACGGACACGUGACGCUUAACUUUCUCGCAAUCAAAAGAAGAAGAGAGCGAGGGACAGUGCUCUGUAAGUUUGUCUUUGCUUUAGUUUGGUGAUUAGCGUGAUUGAUUGACUAUUUUGAUAAAUCUUGAUGUUCGGGAAAUCCUUGUUUGAAGUUGUUGCUCGUUUGUUAGUUAGAUCUCUAUAAUUCACUUAUCAAUUUGACAAAAACUAAAAAAGAAGGGAAAUCAGUAAACCCUGUGCUGCUAAGAGCAGUGAGAGACUCAAUUUUUUGUUUCCUCUCUCUGUUUUUUGAGGUAUAUAUUUUCAAAUGCGAAGAAGCAAAAUCUAACAAAUCUCCUCAUCAUUUGGCUUUAGAACCUCUCCCUUCCCUCAUUUCUCUCAAUUCUAAACUGUCAGCUCCUCGUCUCUCUUCUUCAUCUAUUCUCCUUUUUAUGUAUCUCUCUCUCUCAUCCACAAAAUAAUCUCUUUACAAGGUAAAUUUUCUUCCUUUACUAUUUAUUUCAUUAAUCCAAUAUGCCCAUUUUCCAUAUAUUGUUGUUCGGGAAAAAAUGUGUCAUUUCUCGCAGAUUCAUAGUUUCGUUCUAUGAUUUUGCGAUGUAGUUUUGGUUUAGUUUUACAGUGGUCGUUUGUUUACAGUAUGAUCUUGGAGAAAGGAGUAAAUUUGUGGUGUUGUGGAUUUCCAGAUAUGUGUUUGAUGUGUUGCGUUCAUUUAGUAAUUAUUAUAGAUCUAUUUACUAUGAUUAUUUUGUUUUCUCUUCAAAUUUUUGUCAGAUGCCUCAAAAAUUGUAGUCCUUUCAAACCGAGAUAUUUUUUCUAUGGUGAUUUCAGUUAUUAAGUCUUCUUAUGCUUUCAAUUAGCUCUGUGAAAAUUUGUGAAAAUUGAAUUAGUUCUCUUAUAAUUUGAUAAUUUUGGGCUUUUGCAUUAUCAAGUGGAUGUUAUGGAGUGAUAUAAUCAAAUCAAUAACAGGUUUUUUAGAUUAACAAAGCAUUUUGAUAUAUUUAUUCUGGUUUCAGGAAACUUUCCUAUAAUUUAUAAACAAUGGUGAAGAUUUGCUGCAUAGGAGCAGGUUACGUUGGCGGUCCAACAAUGGCUGUGAUCGCACUAAAAUGCCCCAAAGUCCAAGUCGUGGUCGUCGACAUAUCCACUCCUAGAAUCACUGCUUGGAACAGCGACCAACUUCCAAUUUAUGAGCUAGGCCUUGAUGAUGUGGUCAAACAAUUCAACACCCCGACAAAAACAGAGGGCCUUGGUGCCGGCAAAGCUGCUGAUCUCACGUAUUGGGAGAGCGCUGCUCGCAUGAUCGCUGAUGUAUCCAAAUCAGACAAGAUCGUGGUGGAGAAAUCCACAGUCCCCGUGAAAACAGCGGAAGCAAUCGAGAGGAUUCUAACCCACAACAACAAAGGAAUAAACUUCCAAAUUCUCUCCAACCCUGAAUUCCUGGCGGAGGGUACUGCAAUAAAAGAUCUCUUCAAUCCUGAUCGUGUUCUCAUUGGUGGUCGAGAGACUCCGGGUGGACAGAAGGCGAUCGCAGCACUGAGAGAUGUGAUAUCUUCGGUCAAUGCUAUGUCAGCAUUGUGUGAAGCAACUGGUGCUGAUGUCACGCAAGUGUCACAUGCUGUUGGGAAAGAUACGAGAAUCGGUCCCAAUUUCUUGAAUGCGAGUGUCGGGUUUGGUGGGUCAUGUUUCCAGAAAGAUAUCCUUAACUUGGUGUAUAUUUGCGAGUGCCAUGGACUUGCUGAGGUCGCAAACUACUGGAAACAGGUUAUCAAGAUCAAUGACUACCAAAAGACGAGAUUCGUGAACAGGAUCGUUUCGUCGAUGUUCAAUACUGUGUCCGGGAAAAAGAUUGCAAUUUUAGGAUUUGCAUUUAAGAAGGAUACUGGAGAUACAAGAGAGACACCAGCAAUUGAUGUUUGCAAAGGGUUGAUCGGUGACAAGGCAAAGAUCAUCAUUUAUGAUCCUCAGGUUCAGGAGGAGCAGAUAACGAGGGAUCUGGCAUUGAAGAAGUUUGAUUGGGAUCAUCCAAUUCAUCUCCAGCCAAUGAGCCCAACCUCAGUGAAACAUGUUGCUUGUGUUUGGGAUGCUUAUGAGGCCACAAAAGGAGCUCAUGGGAUUUGUAUUUUGACUGAGUGGGACGAGUUUAAGUCGCUUGAUUACAAGAGGAUCUUCGAUGGGAUGGAGAAGCCUGCAUUCGUGUUUGAUGGAAGGAAUGUCGUGGAUGCUGAGAAGUUGAGGAAGAUUGGGUUCAUUGUUUAUGCUAUUGGGAAGCCUUUGGAUGCUUGGCUAAAGGAUAUGCCUGCAGUGGCUUAGAACAAAAAAACAAAAAGAAACACCAAGGGUGGGGGUGAAAAGAAGUUACAAAGGUCAAACCUUUUUUUGUCAUUCUUUUAGUGACUUGUUUCUCUUUUGAUUUCAAUUAUGCUUAGUGUUGGGAUUAAUGUUUCCUUAGUGCUUACAUUGUAUUGUGGAGGAUUUUGAAACAUUCUGUUUGUUACCUAUUGCGUUGAAUAAAAUGAGAGGUUCAUG